AUGUCAGCCGUCACCUCCACGCAUCCGGCCUCCACAGAGCGCACAUCUACUCUGACUAGCACGUCCUCUCCUACGACUCCUGACUACAGAAACAACUACCACUGCCAGCCCUUCACCCACCAGUACUACUGGUAUGGUCAACACGACUGGCAUCACUCCCACACGCACUCCCACCACCUUGAGUACCCUCACAGGUACGAGUCCACCGAUGUCUACUCUUACUCUCACGACACCCAUUCUCUCUUCAACAUCAGCCAGCACCACAAGUACCGCUGCCACUACAGAGAUCACCUCCACACCCGCAACAACCACAACCACAAUGCAGACCACCACUGCAGCCACCUCUUCCUCUACGUCUACUGCCACAAUGCCAGCACCACGAAUUUGGUGACAUCUAUUGCAACCUCCAGACCAACUUCUACAAUCACUCCUACCACCACGAAUGCCACGCCAUAUGCCACUACAAGACAUACGUCCACACACCAAGGGACUUCAACACCCACUCCUACACGCACCGUCCCUUCCUCUACAAGAACCACUGCCACGACCAGCAGCAGCUCAACAGCCUCCAUGCCUGCUAUCACAUCCUCUUCACUCAGCACAACUUCAGAAACA